UCAGUUGUUUUAGCAGCUACAACAAAAGCGGCAGAGCUGACGAGACCGAUUCGCACAACGACGUUUUCUAAAUGCCAAAAGAACACGACGUCUUAAACUCGCCACGAUGAAAAAAGUUCACAGUUUAGACAUUUUGUUCACAUUAGGCUUAGUUGCGUUUCUUCUGAGCGCCAUGCAAGAUCUGGCAUUUGCGAGAGGUGCCCAUGGUGGGCAUGGUAGACAUCAUGGACAUGGUGGUCAUCGUGGAAAUGGUGAACAUAGCGGUCAUGGUGGGGAAGGUGGCCAACAGUCUCAUGAGGGUACUGCUGCACAUGGGUCCAACGGUGGUGCGGGCGGCAGUCCAGAUGAGACACCUGACAGUUCUGAUGGUUAGCAAAGCUAAAGGGACCGUGAUCUGCGAAAAAUUUUAUUGCAGAAUGGAGUAUAUUCAAGAAUUCAAAGUCGUGUUUGAGAUCUCACACAUAAAGGACGUGUUGCUUUGGCCAUGCGAAAUAAACAUUUACUUUAUUUUGGUGCCAAAGCAGCAGAGCUUUGUUAACUUUCGCACUCUAAGGUUACAUUGGAUUGGUGUUAUUACAUGCGGGUUCCCUGAGUUCCGACACGUACCAUAAAGUGCUUCCAUAAUCCAGUGGGCGGGCUUUCAUAGGGAAACCCACAUUCAACUGGUCCUCAUUAUGACUCUAAUCACACUACAACAUAACGUCUCUUCAUUCCGAAGAAAAGUCAGUGAGAUUGUGUGCCAAUUUCCGCAUCCAGUGUUGUAUAGGCAAGAUAACGU